AUGGCUCAAUUGGCUGAUAGAGUUCGACAGGUGGAACAUUUGAAGGCUGAGAAAACCAUAACAAACAAAAACAAUAGGAAGGAUAGAAUAGCCUAUGUCGAAUUAGGUAACGAAGAACCUGAAACGUUUGGGGAACAAGUAAAUUUCAACGAAGGUGAGAUUGACCUUGCUGAACUAAAGCAAGGAACGCCUUAUUCCUGCAAAGUCCUAACCCCAUCAAGUGGGAAGAAUCCAGUCGAACCAAAUAAGGAUGCUAGGUUCCCAAAGAAUAUUUAUACCUUCGACGUCACAAAAUGUGACAAAAUCUUUAAUUUACUUAUUAAAGAUGGCCAGAUGAUAGUGCCUCAUGGCGCUAAAAUUCCCCCUCUAGAACAAAGAAAAAAGAGGGGUUCUUGUAAGUAUCAUAAUAUUUUUGGCCAUAAAACCUCACAAUAUUUUAUUUUCAGGGAUCUUAUGCAAAGUGCUAUAAGGGAUGGAAGGCUCCAGUUUGGGGACAAAUCGAAGGCUUCGAUGAGGAUUGAUGUUGACCCUUUUCAGAUAGCUAAUGCCCAUUACACUGAACCAUCCAGGGUCAACAUGGUGGAAAUAUAUGAAGAUUCUGGAGAGAAGGCUGACAUGGUCGAAGUCUCUGAUGACUUUAAAUAG